UAAAACCAAUAUUUGUUUGAUUCUUGGCUUGUUGAAUAACCUUUGCUUGCGAAGCCACCGAAUGAAACAAAAUUCCUGGUAUUUUUGGCAUAAACUAACCGUUAUUUUAAAAAAAAAUCUAUUGUUGAGAUUGGACGAAUAUGGAAAGGCACAGUUGCCCACGUCGGAGCUUGGCUUGGCGAAAAUAAACCUGAGCCUCCCAUUUAAAUAGGCGAGUGGCAACACCCUUUCGCCUUUCAAUAUCUCUUCUUUUACAAAUGUCACACACUCCCGGUCAAGAGACGCACGAUUAUGAUGCUUAUGCUGGUCAAUAUCCUCCACCUAAUACUCAGUACCCAGCUACGAGCAACAUAGAAGCUCCUACAACACAGUACUAUCCAGUUUACCCUCCUGAUCAAGGUCAACCGCAAGCAUAUCCCGCAUACCCUCCUCACGAACACACUGCAACCCCACAAAAUUACGCUGAUUACCAGGAUCAGUUCUACCCUCAAAAUUACUCGAACAACACUUCCUGGCCUGCCGGCCCACACUCUACUCCACAGCCACAGGUUUACCAUACACCGCCGCCCCCACCUCAGGGGCCCACGCCCAAUAAUCAGUCUUACCCUAAUAUUCAUAGUGGCUAUGACGACCCACACUCCGUUCCACUAGGUGGUUACCGAGAACCAGAUCAUGAAGCUUAUAACGGGAGACAAGAUCCUGAAUCUACUGCUUUACUAUCUGCUGCCAAUAACCGACGACCCAGCGCCAAACCCGAGCCUAUGCAAGAAGAAGUGGAGUACGAGGAUGUAGACGUAGAAUUACAAGAACCCACUCACUUGGUAGCGCCAGUGUCGUACAAUCGCCCGGAUAGAGAUGGCUUCUUACCCGGUGAGCGACGACGAGGAGCAAAACCUACCUCCCAAGGUGCAAAUGACCCAGCUACUUAUUUACCGAAGCCUUACACCGAACCCAGCAAAGGAUUGUGCUAUGGUAUGACUUGCUGCAGGAUGUUCUGCUUAUUGAUAUCAGUCGCAUUCGUUGCUGGAGGUGUGGCAUUAAUGAUUUAUUCUAAAGUCGCCAAAGGCAAUUGCGACCAAGCACUCAGCGGUGUCAAGCAAGCUGCUCAGCCGUUAUGUGAUACCGUUCUGUAUGAUGCGCUAUUCUAUGGUGGUAUCGCCGUCACCGUCUUGGCCGGCAUCGGAGCACUAUGGCAAUUGAUGAUGUGUUUGUGUGCUCGAUCACGUUAAAUGGUCGACAAUGAUUUUUUUUCUUUUGCAUAUACCAUUAUAUAGCCCAUCGUCAUUACGAUUAAAUUGUAAAUAUUAGUUUGCUCGCUAGUCAUAGAUCAAUCAAACAUCCUUUGAAACAUCACAUCCCUUUCCCC